UUUGGGGGGGGGGGGGGCAAAAUUGGAUGACCAAGAGCCCUAUGCCGCUGAAGAGCCUUGGUAUGAGCUACCUCUCCGUGGGAGAUCCUGGGAAGGGAGACCUUAUAUCAAACGAGAGCUUUUUGCUCUAGGUUGCGCUAUAUACGAGAUUAUGGCGUGGAAGAAGCCGUUUAACGAGUUAAAUAGUGAAGAGGUGGAGAGGUGCUUUGCUCGGGAAGAGUUCCCCGAUAUUCGCAAUGUAUCUUGUGCUAGCGUCGUUCAGAAGUGUUGGGAUGAGGAAUUCGAAAGUUCGGAAGAUGUAAUGCUCGCUUUACAAGCUGUACCAGGUCCUGCGAUAGAUACUGUGAAUCCAUAAAGCUUAUCAUGGUUGAGGGUCAUUUACAACCAAGA